ACCAGUUCCGGUUCCGGGCUGGGAAAGUAAAAGAUGUUUGGAUUGCUGCGACACCUGUUCAAAUUGCAGUUUCUCUUCGUAGUGGCCGCCGUCUUGGCUGGAGUUUACCGCACAGAGAUCAGGCAGUUCCUGCGGCGGCACACGGACGACUACCUGGACACGGCUGGCCGAGAUGCAGGCGUUCCGGUGGCCUUCCAGACCACCGGUGACGAAGUUGGCACGCUCUUCACGCCGGCUGAGUUGGCGCAGUUCAAUGGCGAUGAGGGUCGUCCCCUGUACCUUGCCCUCCUGGGCUCCGUCUUCGAUGUGAGCCGCGGCAUCAAGCAUUACGGAUCCGGCUGCAGCUACAACUUCUUUGUGGGCCGCGACGCCUCUGUGUCCUUCAUUUCCGGCGACUUCGAGUCCUACGAUCCGGAAACGUCCGACGAUGUGCUGACCCUGAAGCCAGACGAUUUGAUUGGACUUGCCGGUUGGCGGGACUUCUAUCAGAAAGACUACGUCUACAAGGGCCGGCUGGUGGGGCGCUUCUACGAUGCAACUGGUGCCCCCACCACCUAUCAUCACAAGUUCCUGGAGCUGCUGCAGCAGGCGCGGGACGCCAAGCGGCAGGUGGAGGAGCUGCGCGCCCGGUAUCCCGGCUGCAACAUCGAGUGGAGCGAGGAGCGGGGCACCCGCGUCUGGUGCACCAACACCAGCGGCGAUGGCAAGGAGCGCUCCUGGAUCGGUCAUCCGCGCAAGCUUUACAGCCGCGGCAACAAGAGAUUCCAGUGCGCCUGCGUGCCCGAUUCGGAGUUGGACGAGAUCGAUGCGGCCGGCAGGACAGUCCACGGAGAUGCCAUGCUAAAGCCGUACGACAAUUGCGAGCCCCGGGCGCAGGAGUGCUUCUAUAGGGUGUAGCAGCUAGCCCAGGAUCUGUAAAUAUCAUAUAUUGCUUUUUUGUAUUCCAGUUACCGAAAGGUAGCUUUGGUUGUUCGAGGUAUCGCAUCUUGGAUUUCCCAAAAUAUUAAUUUCCAAAACGAAAGAUGUGCUGUUAAUAAACACAAGUUCCGGUUCA